AUGUGCUGGUCUUACAACCCGGAACUAUACGCAACGCCACAUCAUAGGAAAGGUCAGAAGUCGGAGGACCGGUUCGCUGGCUACAAAGGAGUCAGGGAUAUCACCAUCAAGAAGGGUCCAUCAGGUCUGGGCAUCAUGAUAAUCGAGGGUCGUCACACGGAGGCUGGACGCGGUAUCUUCGUGUCAGACCUGCAGGAAGGCAGUGCUGCAGAACAGGGAGGUCUGCAAAUUGGAGACAUGCUGCUGGCUGUGAAUAGAGACUCCUUGCUGAACUGCAGUUAUGAUGCUGCGGCUGCCAAGUUGAAGCAGACGGAGGGAGUCGUAGUCCUCACGGUGUGCACUCCGAAUCUCAAGGAGCCGGGAGAGGAGUCCCCUGCCACCGCCACCACUCCGGGCACACCUAGUGGUGCAGAUGGUCCAGGAGGUGCGUCCCGGCCAGCAAGCCGUGCGGCGCAGAAUGAUGCCAGCCGACCGCACACGCCACGCCCUGUACCCUCACCUGUUAAAGUGGAGCCACCACCAGAUCCGUCUAUAGCGCCGAUUAUUCCUAACGUGGACACGGUGAUAGAGAUCAACUCUGCUAACGAAGUUCUCGGCGUUCUGCUACUUGGGGGCAGCGAUACUUUAAUCAAUGGAGCAUCGGCGAUCAUCCUAGAUAUAUACAAGAACGGCGCGAUAGCAAAGGAUGGCCGGCUUAAGGUCGGAGACCAGAUCCUCGAGUGCAACGGAGUAGCAAUCACCAAAGAAAUGGCGCACGAACGUGUCUGUCUCACCAUUAAGCAGAAAACUGCUAAGCUAAAAAUGACAGUUCACCGUCAAGAGCCGUUGAAGUACGAGGAGGUGGAGAUAGACCUGACGCGCAAGGCUGGGAAGGCGCUUGGACUUACCUGCGUAGCACCUGUACAGGCGCCCGGCGUCUAUUUGGGACAACUACUACCCGGAACUCCAGCGGAGUUAGAUGGCCGAAUCCAGCGCGGAGACUUCAUUAUAACAGUGGAUGGUAAGGACGUAUCUUCUGCAGAUCUUUUGGGAGUAGCUGCCGUUCUAAAGCUCUGCGGAAACAAGACCACAAUCAAAGUCAAGCGGUUCAAGACAGUUAGGUAAUUCAUUAGACUCUGUGUGACCAGUUUUGGUGUCACCGUUUUGGAUCGAAGGACCAGAUUCUGUUGAAGAUUUUGCUAUCGGAUGGCAGUGUCCAAGAUUGGAUAUGAAGCUAUUUUGAGAUAUGGUUAAGAUUCUGUUUUGAUGUUGUGAAUCUAAGGACUGAUAAAGUGUGAGAUAGAGUAUUUUGGAUGUUCCUAAAUAUGAGUCGAGUCGUCUACAUGCCGUUGAAGAUUUUUGAAACACAACUCCAGUGCUGAGCUAACUACAAACGAAUGAUGGAAGCUGUACAAAAUGAACUGUCGGAUGCAAAUUUAAAUGAUAUUUUUUAUGCAUCAUAGUGAUAUCACUGUUUCUUUACCUAUCACGUGUAGCAUUAUAGAAUUGAAAUGGAUCAGUAGACAAUGUAAUGCAAUUAUUUUAAAAAAAGGUAAAACUCCAGUUUAUUUCUAGAGGGUAGACUGUGACACCAAAACUAGUGUAUCUCUAUUGUAGAUUCGUUAGUUUGCAGAUCUAAGUACCUGUCACUUUGAGAUGCCUGAUGUAUCCGUUUCUGUCUCGAAGGACCAAAACUGGUCCUUUCACACAAGAAAUACAUAUUGAUGUACGCUUCUUAUAACUUCUUUUACAAUUACUGUGGCCUUAAAGGACUGCUUACUGCUCUGAAAAUAGGUUAUUACAUCUGCAGACUUUUCGAAAACUAAAUUAGAUUUAAAUCUAGGCCAAAUAUAAUAAUAUACUUACCUAGUUAAUCCGUAGUUAACAUCGAGUGUUGACAAGUGAUUAGACAAUAAAUUAACUCACUCAUACAAUACUUGCAAUCGUUAAAAAUAUCAAUUUGCCAAUCAAAAGUUUCACGUGUUUUUACAAAUCUUCGGAUGCACCAAGGACCACAGAAAAACAUAG